AUGAACCAGCUCGGCGCUCUCCUCGGUUCGGCAACCUGCCCGCCUUCAAGCUUGCUACGAGCCAUCCACUCUCAGGGCCGGCGACAGAUCGGAUACCUUCGGAGGAAUCAAUCAUGUGCAACAACGGCUCAGCAGCUCAUACAGGAGAAGUAUGCCGAAAAGAUUAACCAGAAACUGAAAGAGAAGGGCCUGCGUGAUUUGGAAGAAUUGAAGAAGAUCAAUCAGGAUAAGAUCGAAGCAGAACGAGUCCAACAACGGAAACUUUACGAUGAACUGAUCAAAAAGGCCCGCCAGAAACUUGCGCCUACUGAUCGACCGGAAACGACGCCUACUCCGAUUUCGAAACCAAAGAAGUAUUCAUCUCCUAUUAAGCCACUUGACAGUAUCAUUGACGUGAACAAGUUGGCCACCGAAUCGGCGAAUGAGAUUCGGAAGCUAUGGGCAGCCUACCAUCUCUCGAAAUCGAACCCGCCCCGAUUGGGCGCCGUGAUUCCCGCGGAAACCUACCAAGAGAUGGUCGAAUCUGCAAAGAAAUUCCCUAGUUUUGUGAUCCCUUUGACCAAGUCUUCCACGGACUCGGCCGAUAAAUCAACACCUACUAACGCCCCGUUUGAAAUGCAGUAUCUCCAAUGGGACUUUGUGAAGCAACCUGAAGAACCGAAUCUGCCCGACUUCCUCAAAACAAAGCCCGAUCUAGCCCCCUCCAGCCUACCCGCGACGAUCGUGAUGUACACGCCGCUUGCAGAAUAUAAACUUCGACAAGCGUUUGCCCAGCCUUCGUUGAUUUUGACCCAUUACACCGAUCUGGCUGCUAGUCAUGGGAUCGUGUUGAUGAGAGGGGACAUCACUCCUCACUCGAAUGGCAGCCCCAAAAUAUCAGCAAUCGAAGCUCAAAUGCUCGUCUUGAGGCUGCAGCAGUUUUAUCACACUACUGGACCCCCCAAUCAAGACCAAUCCGUCCACCAAAAACGGAAAUCGUUGCUCCAAGCAUUCCACCAAAGUCCUGCUCAAUUCCAACUUUCCGAGUUAGUGAACUUAGUCAGCGACUUGUAA